AUGCCAGACGUCGCUAACAACGGCGAUGGCGACGCGGCAGCAAAUCCACCAGUGCGUCUGUCUUUGCCUCUAGAAUUCCAGCAAGAAGCAUUCUACGAAUUGCGCGAUGAAGAUAUACUACUCAUCCUCGCCCGUGGCCUGGGCCUGCUGCGACUCGUCACGAACCUCCUUCACUCCUACGACGCCGCCGGCCACAACGUCGUCAUCCUCGUAGGUGCAGACGAACGCGAGAAUGACUGGAUCGGCGAAUCGUUGGCAGAACACGCCGCCGUGAGCGGGAGUCCCAAUUGUCGCGGCAUGCAGCUCGUCAAUACGGACUUGACGAAUGUCGGCACGCGCGAAAAGAUGUAUAAAAGAGGCGGCAUAUGCUCCAUUACAAGUCGGAUUCUCAUUGUAGAUUUCCUGAGUGGAUUGCUGGACCCGGCUAUGGUGACGGGACUUGUGAUGCUGCAUGCUGAUCGCGUGGCGGCGACCAGCUUGGAGGCUUUCAUUGUGCGGAUAUACAGACAGAAAAACAAGAAGGGUUUCUUGAAAGCUUUCUCUGAUCAGCCUGAGCCUUUCACUUCGGGCUUUCAGCCCUUGUCUAAUAUUCUACGGAAUCUGUUUCUGAGGAAGCCUAUAUUAUACCCGCGAUUUCACGUCACUGUCGCGAAAUCGCUUGAGGGAAAGAGGAAAGCGGAGGUCAUUGAGUUGGAAGUGCCCAUGACGGAUGCUAUGCGAGAUAUCCAGAAUGCCGUGAUGGAGUGCGUGGAAGUGUCGAUAUCGGAGUUGAAGAAAGGCAACCCUGGGCUGGAGAUGGAAGACUGGAACCUGGACAGUGCUCUGCAUCGAUCGUUUGAUGCGAUUGUGAGGAGACAGCUGGAUCCAGUCUGGCAUCGUACCAGCUACCGUACGAGACAGAUUGUGCGAGACUUGGGAAUGCUGAGAAGCAUCCUCCACUCACUGCUGACGUUGAAUGCGGUCGACUUUCACAAAUAUCUUGAUACUGUGCUUGCCGCAUCUCAGCCUCAACAGGGAUCGAAUCGACAGAAUCAGUCGCCCUGGCUAUUCCUCGACGCUGCCCAUACCCUUUUUGACUCGGCGAAGAGGAGAGUGUACACUGGUAGGAUCGCGGAUAGCAUGUCGGCAACAUCUGAAAUCGAUGGACUGAAUCCCGUUCUGGAGGAGAUGCCGAAGUGGGGAUUGCUAGCUGAGAUUCUUGAGGAGAUUGAGCGAGAUGUCUACUUCCAUCCACAGACACAGGACGACUCGAGUGGCAGUAUCCUCAUCAUGUGUGGAGAUCAUGGAACUUGUAGACAGUUACGUGAGUAUCUACAAACGAUGCACAAGGAUUCAGAUGGAAAAGAGGCAACAGCAGACGAAGAUGACGAUGACACAACGGAGAGGAAGCCCAGUGCGAAGUAUCUCAUGCGGCGGAAACUCCGCUAUUACUUGCAGUGGAAGCGAGACUUCGCGCGAGUGAGCAGCAAUUUGUUUGCGGCCAACCAACAAGAGAUCAUGGGCACAACCAAGCCAGGUGCACAAGCUGGCCGAGGAGGUGGCAGAGCACCUCCGAACAAGCGAAGAAGAGUCCGCGGAGGCGGAGGAGCUGGUGCAGCAUCGACUCGCACAGUAAGUGGGGCAGUCCAUGUYGCAGGCGACAAGGAAUCCCACAUUCAGUCUCUGAUGCACGAUCUCGCUAUGAACGAGACGACAGAAGAGACAUACGCCAACAAGGUCGACCUCGGCGCCGAUCCUCUUGACGACAUGGAAGACUAUUACGAACUUUACGAUAUGAGAGAUCUUGUACUUAUACACCCUUACGACGGCGACAAGGAUGACCACUUGCUUGAAGAGACCAAGCCGAGAUAUGUCAUCAUGUACGAGCCGGAUGCGGCUUUUAUUCGACGAAUUGAAAUGUACCGGAGCAGUCAUGGGAAUAGGCAGGUGCGGGUAUACUUUAUGUAUUAUGGAGGCAGUGUGGAGGAACAGCGGUAUCUCUCUGCUGUUCGUAGGGAGAAGGAUUCCUUCGCGAAGCUGAUUCGCGAGAGGGGAAAUAUGGCGCUGACGUUCACGCACGACACCGAUAAUCUGGAUCCCCAAGAAGCCUUCCUGCGCACCGUCAACACUCGAAUUGCUGGUGGAGGUCGACUGACUGCAACAGCAGAACCACCAAGGGUCGUGGUGGAUGUGCGGGAAUUUCGGAGCAGUCUGCCCUCUCUCAUUCACGGCCGGAAUAUGGUCGUGGUGCCUUGCAUGUUGACCGUGGGUGAUUAUAUUUUGUCCCCGGAAAUAUGCGUGGAGCGGAAGAGUAUCCGGGAUUUGAUCUCUUCGUUCUCGGAUGGAAGAUUGUACAACCAAGCCGAGACGAUGCUGCAAUACUACAAGUCCCCCAUGUUGCUUAUCGAAUUCGACGCACAGAAAGCUUUCACUCUCGAACCUUUUGCAGACUAUUCCGCUUCCAGCGGCAGUAACCUCGUAGGCAAUGAUCUGCAAUCCAAACUGGUCCUCCUCACCCUCGCGUUCCCGAAGCUGAGAAUUAUCUGGAGUAGCUCACCGUAUCAAACCGCGGAGAUCUUUGAGGAUCUCAAGAAACAGCAGGAGGAACCUGACCCGAUCAAAGCCGUGCAGCUCGGACUUGGAGAAGGCGAGGAUCCGGAGACGAGGACAUUUAAUCAGACGCCGCAGGAUAUGCUCAGAUGCGUUCCUGGCGUCAAUGCCAAGGUGUUGCAGAGAUUGAUUAUUGAAUUUGAGAGUGUACAGGAUGUUGCUAAUGCGGACGAGGAAGUGUUGAGAGGGUUUAUUGGGAGGGAGAGUGCGAGGCAAAUUAGGGGAUUCUUUGAUCGGAGUGUUUGGGAUGAUGGCGGUGGAGAGUGA